ACCGCCAUUUCCAGCAGUCAACGUAAUUUGUGAUUCUCAUUUUGAUAAAAUUACCAUUUGCUAUCUAAAAUACACAGCUGGAAAUAAUCCGUGGGCGAAUUAAUGUCCAUCUAUGCCGUUAACAUAUGAGGUAGCAAGGAUAUUCCACGUUAGCAAGUAAUAACAUCGGAAUUUGGUCCGCCGGACCCAACUACAAUGGACUCAUCCUCAAGAUAUUAUGCUCUACUAUUUCUCCAAUUAAUAGCAUACUUUAUGGCCUCGAAAGUAAUAUUUGACAAAGUAAAUAAUACCAUACCGAUAGUUAUCGACGAAUACUUCCAUAUACCACAAGGAUUAACUUACUGUAAUGGAAACUUUUCACACUGGGACCCUAAAAUAACAACGUUACCCGGACUGUAUCUAGUUUCAUCUGUUAUCGGCCUGUACUUCGAAUGUAACGCAUACAACCUACGUUUCGUCAACCUCAUUGCUUCAUGUGUAAAUCUUGUUCUAUUUUCAAGUAUUUUAAGAUAUGUAUACUUCGGUGACCGAAACCAUAUGAAGAUUAUUAUCCAAGCUGUCAACCUAACAAUAUUACCUCCUUUGUAUUUCUUUUCACACGUAUAUUACACUGACGUGAUGGCAUUAACAUUUCUACUGAUGUUCACUAGACUUUGCCUAGUUAAUCGUAAUUUCCUCUUUAUUUUGUUAACUGGUAUUUUUUCCACAAUAAUGCGGCAAACAAAUAUUGUAUGGAUAGCUAUGGUUGCCGCACAUAAGAUACUGGACAUUUUUAUAAGAAGUUCUAGAGUUUUCGGUAAUUAUUUCAUCAAUGAUAUUAAGCUUAGUAAACGGUCAGCAAUUGCUAGAGAUGUAGAUAAGUCAAAACUAAAAAGAUAUUAUGGUGUCUUCGAUUUGUAUUGUGCGGUAAAGUACCAUCUUUCUACCUGUUUAAAAUCAUUUUUCAUGUUCAUUACCUUCCAUGAUUUCACUAUUCUCUUUACUCAUAUGUUUAUUUUAGGCGGUUUCUUAGGUUUUGUGUAUCUAAACGGCUCCAUAGUUGUUGGGGAUAAAUCGGCACAUGAAGCGACCAUUCAUACUCCUCAACUGUUGUACUUUCUGAUUUUCUACGGUGUCUUCGGACUUCCUUAUGUACUAAAUAAGUUAUUUUCAACGCUAAAAUUAAUGUUUAGAAACAAAAUCGUAGUUAUCCUAUGCGGUAUUAUAAUGUCUUUAAUGGUGUAUUACAAUACGUUAGUUCAUCCGUACUUGCUAGCUGACAAUAGACAUUUUACAUUCUACAUUUGGAACCGCUGGUAUGGUAAAUAUGAACAUGCAAUCUUUGCUACGGUACCAGUAUACAUUUUCCUGCUAUUCAGUAUAUACGAUAAUUUAAAGGACCAGAAUUGUAUAUCAUUUCUUUUGCCGUACUGUGUGAGUCUUUUCUUAGCUUUAGCGUUACAAAGAUUAAUAGAGGUACGGUACUUUUUGAUUCCUUAUAUAGUUUUGCGUUUGCGAUUUGGUCGACCAAGCUACUUACUCGUCCUAUCUGAAUUUGUUUGGUACGUAUUAAUAAAUGCUGCUUCGUUUUAUAUAUUUUUCAAUAAAGAGGUUGCUUGGCAAGAUUUUGACUAUAUGCAAAGAAUAAUUUGGUGAAUAAAAAUGUAAGAUAAUAAA